UCCUAAGUAUGCUAUAGUGGUAGUGGGAGGAGUAGGAACCGAUCGCCAUCCUCUCAAACGACGGGCGGAUGGAAGACCAGGAGACGGUCUCCGGCGUGGAGUCCAUUGCGGCCGCCUUCGAGUGGGGAGGGCUUCUUGACUUCGCCGUCGACCACGACGAAGACAACAGUCUCUUCCCUCCUUGGACGAUGGGUGCGUCGGACUCCCCGAUGCCUCCUCUUCCGCCGCAUACCGCCACGCUGCCCCUCGUCCGCCCGCCGAGCGCGCUCGCCGGAGAGGGCUCCGCCCUGGCCCGCAAGCGAGAUCCGAGGUUCGUCUGCUCCAACUUUGUGGCCGGACGGACCCCUUGCUCGUGUCCGGCGGAGAAAGAAGACGCUGGGACGACGGGUGCGGCUGGCAGCGAGAGGAAGCGAGCGAGGAAAGCACGGGCGGCGCCGGUGGCCGCCUGCCGGUGUCAGGUGCCGAGGUGCGAAGCCGAUAUCGGGGAGCUUAAGGGUUACCAUCGGCGUCACCGGGUCUGUCUCCGCUGUGCUUGUGCUUCGUCCGUGGUUCUCGAUGGUGAGAGCAAGCGGUAUUGCCAACAAUGUGGCAAAUUUCACAUGUUGUCCGAUUUUGAUGAGGGUAAACGUAGCUGUAGAAGAAAAUUAGAGCAUCACAAUAAAAGAAGGCGGAGAAGACAUGCUGAUAGCAUAUCCAUGACUGAACAAGACAAAGAACCUCAAAAAGGCCUGCAACCAAAUGAAUGUGGGACAGAGAUGUUAAAUGGACUUGCAUGCCAGACCGAUGAGAAAGUUGUGACCGACAAACUAAUUGAAAGAAAUGUUCCUUUCGAAUCAGAUGAUGGAUAUGACCAACAAACUAAUUAUGGCAGUGGUUUUUUGCCCUUUGCUACAUCUGAUGAAACUCAGAACGAAGAGAAAGCUGAUAACUCCAAGUCUCCGAUUUCUUCUACCCUUUGCAACAGUAAGAGUGCUUAUUCAUCCGUGUGUCCUACAGGUCGAAUAUCAUUCAAGCUUUAUGACUGGAAUCCUGCAGAGUUUCCAAGACAACUUCGGCAUCAAGUCUUUAAGUGGUUGUCAAGUAUGCCUGUUGAGUUGGAGGGUUAUAUUCGACCUGGGUGUACUAUAUUGACUAUAUUUAUAGCAAUGCCAGAGUUCAUGUGGGAGAAGUUAUCACAGAACGCAGUUAGCUGUAUCCGAUACUUGGUUUAUGCACCCGAUAGCCUGCUCAUUGGAAGAGGCAACAUUCAUAUUUACCUAUGUAACACUAUUGUUCAAAUUUUGGAAGAUCAAACUUCAUUGAUGAGCACCAGGAUGGAGGUGCAAGUUCCGAGGCUCCAUUAUGUUUAUCCUACCUUUUUUGAGGCUGGCCAACCAGUGGAGUUUAUUGCCUGCGGCAGCAAUAUUAACCAGCCCAAGUUUAGGUUUUUUGUGUCUUUUGCAGGAAAAUAUCUGGGAUUGUAUCAAGAGGAGAUCACACCAUGCAAAGUAAAUGACAUGGAUUCUCUUUGCCAUUGUGAGCAUCAGAUGUUCAGGAUAAAUAUUCCUCAGACAGAUUCUGAUAUAUUUGGACCUGCAUUUAUUGAGGUGGAGAACAAAUUAGGAAUUUCAAACUUUGUCCCUAUCCUUUUCGGGAACAAACUUAUAUGUUCAGAGUUUGAGAAAAUAUACAGAAAAAUUUGUGACGAUUGCUGUUUAGAUGAUAUUUACAGGACGACAGAUGCUGAUGCCACUUCACGUUCCUGCAAGUCUUUUGUCUCGAAACAAACUGGUAUCUCAGCACUACUUUUGGACUUUGCAUGGGUCCUUCGAAAUCCUGUCUUAGAGAAAAGAGAAGAACUCCUGAGUUCAACAAACAUAUGGAGGCUAAUGAGACUAUCGAAAUUCCUACUACAGAUGGAGUCUUUUAAUCUUCUGGAAGUUGUACUACACUACUUAGAUGGGAUAAAUUUGCCGAGCUUAAAAUGCAACGCAAAUGACACUUGGGAUGAUGAUUGGUGUCUUUUCCUGAAUUAUAUGAACCAGGCAAGGGAAAUUCUUUCUCAGAGGAGAAUAUAUCAUAUGAGAUUGGAAUUGGGUUCAGAGAACUCAAGCUGUCGCUCUGAUUUUUCACAAAGCGACGGAGACUCUGACAAGAAAAAUAAUGUGCUUUAUGGAAAUCAAGAUACAGGGAGGAGAAAUAAAGAUGGUGAUAAAGAAGAAGAAGAAGAAGAAGAAGAAGAGCACGACGCUACCCCCGUUCUAAUGUCAGAACGAGGCCAAAUCCCAAACUGCCAUCCCAAGGAAGGGGGGUUACGGGGAACCUCUCUCACCAGGAAGACGGCCAUGCAUGUUGCCGUCCUCGUAGCAGUUUCUGCAGUAGUGUGCUUCUCGGCUUGCCUUGCUCUUUUCCACCUUAACAAGGUUGAGGAUAUUGCGCUGUUCUUAAAGAGGCGUUUGUUUGACAAGCAACAGCCAUGACGGAGAACCCAUAUGCUGCACUUGCUUUCCACACCCGUUUCUCACACGAGGUACCUCCCUUCCCUCUUGAAGUGAACCCAUAUGUACUAUCUCUCUUGAAGUGGACCCAUGAUUUGGUGCUAUUUGCUGAUGGGACAAAAGUCAGAGGUCCCUCGGACUAGAUGUUGAUCUUUCCUACCCAUGACCGACACCUGGACUGUAGCUCCGCCCCAUGCCCCAAGGAGUUUUGAGGGAUUAAAAUUAUUUGGUAGGGGAGACUAAUAUGAUUUGAUUCCUUCCUAAACCAUAGGAUGGCAAAGCCUAAUAGUAACCUUCUUCAGGACAGACAUAGCUAAGCACUAGGCAACAAAAGUUAUAUUACCGAUGUCCUCUCUAUAUUACCAUUAACCUCAACAGUGACUGCAUCUAACAAUUUGUGCACACUUGGAUGUGCCAAGCCAGUUAUUGAUGAGUGGCCAUGCUGCUCAUCUGCAGAUUAUUUGUUGAGAUUUUAAAUCCAUUUGGAAUUCUUCGGGGCUUUUAAAUCCACUCGGUCCACCGCUGUUUAAACCUUUAAUCAUAACGUUUAAACUGAUCAAAACCUUACACUCCAUCUGGGAUGAGACUAUAACACCGCAUAUCGAACGAUGUGAGUCUUUGAAGUUGUUGUAGACUUUGGAGUGUAGGAUUCCAAAAGUAUGCAGUAGUAUGCCCCCAAAAAAAAUAUCAAAAUGUGUAAUAAUUACUCGCCCCAAAAUACACUUGUUUUUUUUU